AUGGCCCCAUCUUUUGAAACCCACUCCCAGUCGUCAUUGUCCACGUCUAACUCUCCUUCAAUGGGUGAUCACACACACCAGAAGAUUGACACAGCAAACUCUAAUGCAUUGAAUCAUGCCGAUGACGUUAAUAACACCUUGAAAUUGGAUCUCAACAACCACAUUCUCGAUAAUGUAUCUACAGCCCAAUUCGUCGAGCCCGCCAGCGAGCUAGAGCCUGGAAAAUCUACCACGACUUUAGAUUCACAAUUUGCGCAGCCGGACGGCCUCUCGAAAUCGUACCAGGAUAUUGUGAAUAACAAGUCUGAUCCCGGACUUCACAUGCCAUUUGACGAUAUCUCCAGAGCACUAUAUAUGAUGAGCCAUUUCAAUUUGUUCCACACUGGCAAAGUCAUCCUUCGCGAUUUCGACGAGAGCAACGUUAUAAUAAGUCCCCUUGGUCGAACUGACAAGCCGGAUGAUGGCGAGGAGGGAAAGAACGCAAGCGACAAGAUGACUUCAACAUGA